UUUUAAUACUGCUGAAGUUCUCUCAUAGGCCGGAAGGUUUUUCUCAGAGUAUUCUAAUUUUCCAGGUGUAGAAGAUGAAAGUUACUUUAAUUGCGUUUCUGUUGGUGAUUUCCACGUGUACAUCGCCUUUGGAGAUACCAGGAGGUUGUUUUGUAAUGGAAGAGAUCUCUGAAAAAUUCCUGAUGGACUCCAUGGAAUUCCUGGCAUUUUGCUGCAGCGAAUCAGGUCGAGAAAUGAAAAUCUUUUUGAUGUGCAACGAAGGGAGCGAGGUCGUUCUGCAGAUUAGUUCGUCCGAAGUUCAAGUUUCUUCAUCGAGAAAUAAGAGUUGGGAUUUCUCAGAAAAAUUUAAGUAUGAAUCCAGUGGCUGGCAGAGGUUACUUUUACAUUUGUAUAGCUACAUUACGCUCAAAGUAGGCAAAAAUGAGUUAAUUGUGCCUCCAAGUAUGACCUUGGGCUGUGAAAUCAAAGAAGUCCGGAUCAGGAACGGGAAGUUCACGAGGAUGUGUCCAAAGGGGACGCCCUCCUGGAGGGUGGAAGGGUCAAGAGGAGUGGAAGUUCCUCUCAUAAGGAAACUUGGUGGAAAGAACGAACAGCUCUUGGCUUUAUUCUCCUUGAUGCCCGUCAAUCCAGUCAUUCGAAUCCAAGGUGAAGAAAUCUCUCUCGGAAAAGAUUUAAAAGGCCUAUUGAAAAUCAUAUUAACAACGGAAAAUGAAACAGGGAAGACGGAGCUGUUGAUUGAGACUGUUCCACAUCCUAUGACGAAAACCUUCACGAAACUCCCAUCCAUGAUGAAUGUUGCCGGAAAACGCCUUGAGAAGUUCCUCCUCAUGCUAAACAUGACAGACGAAGAUAACCGAGCACAUAACAGAUCUGCAGAUUGUGGAAAGACAACGCGUGUAAACCACAUUCACAACAAUGCAAAUCCAGAUAUUCAGAUCUACGUUGCAAGCAUAACGUUAGUCUUGAUAGUAUUCAGCUUAUGCCUCAUGAUUCAUCAUCUCCGAAGGAUGAGUGAAGCGACGGUACUUAUCCGAUAAUAUAAAGCUGCUGCCCGAAGCAGCUGAAAGAAUCCUGUGACAACGACCAACCGAUAUUUUUAUACAACGACCAAGGAAAGCGCACCUGUUGGAUGGUUACCAAAAGGAAUAUGAAAACACUACUGCGGAGGAAGCAGACGCAGCUGUUUUCUGUCAGUAGUAUUCCGACUGAGACGGGUGAUUAAUCCUGAUUGACACAAGACUAAAAUAUAUUUAAAUUUGUGAAAAAAUAGCAAUCUCGUUUUAUGUGCUUAUGAAAAAAAAUUAAAAUUACAGUCGUAGUAGCAAUAACAACGAGAAGUGUCCUUUUGUAAAGACUGUUGUCUGUGCCGGUGCACACAUAGGCACGAUACAUUUAUGGGAACGAGCCAGAAUCAUUCCUGCCUGAUAGAGACAGACAGACAGACAAGCACUGACAUCUCUGGGUCUGGUCCUUAUCAAUAACACGUCCUCUCAAGACGAAGGAACUCAAGUCCUAGGAACAAUAAACGCCAGAAGGCGGGGAUUCUUAUCUGAUUACUUCCGGUUCAAAAAGAGCAUAAACACUUCGGAACACCAUCACGGAUGCUACCCUCGCAUCCGCAUUCUUCUUCAGUGAGAUUAGAAAAAGAACAUAAAUGAUAUAGCAGCUCUGAACGCCAUCUUAUCACCUCCUGUCUGGCAUAUGCUAUUCUAUUGUAGAGUUCAUAAACAUAUUCGAUGAAAACAAUGAAGGAAACUGGAAUUGUUGGUUCAUUUCAACAGAGAUAAAGCUGAUUUCUUAGAUAGACUUAGAGAAAUGAAAGUCUUUUGUUGGUUUCUGCAGCGCGGAAGAUAACUGAAGCUCAAAAUCAGUAUAUGGCGUUGCUAUAUAAAAAGAGAAUGAUCUUUGGCUGAUAAAAACUGUUUGGAAAAGAGGAUAUAGAUUUUAAGACCAUUAUUAUCGCGUUUUAUGUCCUGUGCACGCGUGUCUACGCAUAUAUGCAUGGAUGUAUGUGAAACUGGUACUGAUAAUGGAAGUUAUGUGACAGGUUACGCAAAUUAAAUUGCAUGUACAAAUCAGA